CAGGCGAAAGUAACAACAACCGGUGAACAGAAUGUUAACGAAAAUCCUCCGUAGUCCGUAAGGGUCUUGUCGCAACUUUUAUCUGUGUGUGCAAACUAUGUGUGUGUGUUCUUAAUGUGAUUAAAACGCCUAACUGACAAAUCUCCCCACAGUUUCGUGAACGAACGCAAAAAAGAAAAUACUUUGCGGAUAUCGGGUCGCUACGAUAUUCACCGUUUGCUACAGGUUUUAGGAAAAUAAAACUAAACCUUGGUGAAUAGAUUUAUCACGGGAGAAACUGUGCUCCUGAAGAAUGUACGAUGGAGCGAGUGAUGAGGGGAGUCGACUGAGGUUAGGCGUGGGCGUGAGCAGGCCUCUGUGGGCGUGAUAUCAGAGCCGUAAGUGCCAUGAGGAUGGGGGUUAUGGGCGGUCCUCUGCUUCCUUGCCUCGCGCUUCUCCUGGUUCUCCAGCCGCCCUCGACUCACGCCCGUAAGAAGAUUGAUGUGUUCGUCGCUGGAUUCUUCCCCGUUGGGGAAGGCCCGAAGCACUCUCUAGGCAGAGGAGUGAUGCCCGCACUCAACCUGGCAGUGAAGCACGUCAACGAACACCCCACUGUACUCCGGAACUACAAACUACAUGUUAUUUGGAAUGACACUCAGUGCGACACCGCCGUGGGGACCAAGUCGUUCUUUGACAUGAUGUUCGAGAAGCCAAGGAAGGUGAUGCUGUUCGGCGCCGCCUGCACGCACGUCACAGAUCCCAUCGCCAAAGCUGCGAAGCACUGGCACAUCACGCAGCUGUCGUACGCGGACACCCACCCCAUGUUCUCGGCAGUCAAGUACCCCAACUUCUUCCGGAUGGUUCCUUCAGACAAGGAGUUUAACCACCCGCGCGUUCACCUACUGCAGCGGUUCAACUGGACACGCGUCGGCACCCUCUUCCAAAACGAACCGAGGCACGCGCUGGCCCACAACCACUUCGUGUCAAUGCUCGAACUAAAUCAAUACGAAAUCGCCGAGACUCAGAGUUUUGCGGACGAGCUGAAGGAUCAACUGAAGAAGCUUGAGGAGAAGGACGUCCGGAUUAUACUGGGAUACUUCGACGAGAAAUGGGCAAGAAGGAUAUUCUGCGAGGCUUACAGGAAGGGGAUGUAUGGCAAGAACUACCAGUGGAUUAUUACAGGCAUGUACCGCGAGAAGUGGUGGGACCUCCGCGGGAACGGCGACGGCGACGAGGACGACAGCCUGGACUUCGAGGACGAGCCGCCGGAGUCCGGGGGGAGCGGCUGUUCCGUCGAGGACAUCAUGACCGCCCUCGAAGGCUGCAUCAUGACCGAUCUCCUGCCGCUCGCCACCUCGCUCACCAAGACGGUGUCCGGGAAGAACAUCACGCAGUACGAGGCGGCCUACAACAGGCUGCGUCGGAACGAGUACUCACGCUUCCAUGGCUACACUUACGACGGCGUGUGGGCCAUGGCACUGGCCAUCCAGGCGGUGGGCCAUAAACUGCACAAGGAAAACCGCUACAGAAAUACGAGUAUCACAGUGAAAGACUUCAGGUAUUGGGACCAGAUGUGGGAGGACCUGUUCACCAAAGCGCUGUCCGAGGUCAAGUUCGACGGCGUCACGUUUUUCACGGUAAAGGCGCGGCAAGGUGGGCGCGAGGUCAAGAUUGGCGAAUAUGACGGCCUAGACAACGUCCUGCAGCUGGACAAGGGCCACCCGAUCUACUGGCCCGGUGGCAACCCGCCCCUGGACCGCACCAUCAAGCUCAUCGAGAAGACCAGCGUCAACAUCAGCAUCUACGCCGUGCUCGUCACCAUGGCCUCCUGCGGCAUCGUCAUGGCCUCGGUCUUCUUGGCCAUCAACAUCAAGUAUAGAAAUCAGAGGUACAUCAAAAUGUCAUCGCCAUACCUCAACAACAUGAUCAUCGUCGGCUGCAUCCUCACUUACACGUCCGUCAUCCUCCUGGGGCUGGACUCAGAGCUCACGAGCGAGACCAGCUUCCCCUACAUCUGCACGGCGAGGGCGUGGGUGCUCAUGGCCGGCUUCACGCUGGCUUUCGGCUCCAUGUUCUCCAAGACGUGGCGCGUGCACUCCAUCUUCGCCGACAUCCAGCUGAAUAAAAAAGUGAUAAAAGAUUACCAGCUGUUUAUGGUGGUGCUGGUGUUGCUGUGUGUUGACGUUGCCAUCAUGACCACGUGGCAGAUCGUAGACCCGUUUUACAGGGAGACCAAACAUCUUACACCUUAUGUGCGUGGAGACAUACUAGUUAUACCAGAGAACGAAUACUGCAAGAGUUCAAAAAUAUCCGUUUUUAUAGGUUGCAUUUAUGCCUAUAAGGGUCUUCUCAUGGUAUUUGGAUGUUUCCUUGCAUGGGAAACUCGUCUAGUUAGUAUCCCGGCACUGAACGAUUCGAAGUACAUUGGUAUGAGUGUAUACAAUGUAGUGAUCAUGUGCAUUAUUGGUGCACCGAUAUCGUACAUCUUAAGUGACGAACAAGACGCUUCUUACCUCAUCAUUUCCGCGUUCAUUAUCUUCUGCACAACGGGAACUCUCUGCCUCGUCUUCGUGCCUAAAAUCAUCGAGUUGAGACGAAACCCACAAGGCACCAUCGAGAAGCGCAUGGUUCGGGCGACGCUGAAGCCACCCAAGAGAGCCGACAGUGACUCCGACGUGUCCGACAUGCAGGAGCAGAUCAAGAAGGCGGAGAACGAUAGACAGAUAUUCAUAAGAAGGCUGCACGAGCGGGAACAAAUGCUGCAGGUCCUGAUAGAGCAACUAGGGGACGAUGCCCUUGGGGAUGUGGAGGGACACCCUGCCAGGCGGCCCUCCAAACCACGAUCCAUCGAGAGACUUAGGAUAGAAGGUCCGUCGGUGACCGAGACCACGGAGGCGACGGAACUGACGUCGCUGUGCUCGGGGACGUCGCAGGACGGCUUUAAUAAGAUGACGUCUUUAGAUCUAAUUAAAGAACAAUAA